GCUACAGAAUGGUCAAAGGACGCCUCAGGGCAAUGGGCCACAGGRUGCAGUGGAACAGAGUGUGGGACUCCAUGCGUCAUGUGGACAGUGCUGGAAUCCUGGAAAGGAUGGCAAAUCUUGGCUGUGUAGUUCGACGGACAUACAGUGUUCCCAGUCCUCUGUCACUCCUUCACAUUGACACCAACCACAAGUUAAUUAGCAAAGUCCAGUAAACCCCCCUGAAAAUAUUGAUGCUGAGUAUGAAGCGGUGGACACCACAGACAUGGAACAAACUGGCGUACAYCUUCCAGAACUUCAGUCUCCACUUGACAGUGAGGAUUUGGAAAGAAUAAGCCACCUUUUCAAUCCCAUGGAACUCUCCAUGUCCUAUGGUGCUGACAUUUACAGUUCACUUGUCCAGUAUGUGGAAGGCAUUGUUGAAUCCAGACAGGAUGUCUAGAAUAGCCUAGAGCAGGGCUGUUCAACUGGCAGCCUGUGGACCACAUCCCGCCCACGAGUGGACCAAGUGGUUCAUUUAUCUCUUAAGCCCAAACCCUUGGUUUUCUACUUUAAUUCCUGUAAGUUCUUUAAAGUAGAAAACCAAGGGUUUGGGCUUGAGAGAUAAAUUCCUAUAAGUUCUUUUGGUUAGACAUAGGCAUGUUUGGUAUCUACAGAAACACCAGAAUCUUGGCUACAAGCUGGUAAAAACCCUUUUUAUGAACAUCCAAGACAGA